UUUUGUUUUAUACUUUUGCAUUUUACGGUUUUCAUACUGUAGUUUUUUACUUCAUGGUUCUUCUAUACGGUUUUCUUUCGAUGGUUAUGGUUUUUACGGUUUUUUUGACGGUUAUUUUUUCACCGUGUAGGCAUUAUACUAACGAAACAAGUGUGGCUCCGGCAUUGCCUCCUGAGCCAAGUCCCACUGGUAACAGUAAUACGAAUGCCGCACAACUCCUGUCUCAUGAAUUAGUUGAACAGAGGUCAUCGGAUACCGAGAGCCAGUUAGCUGAUAUUGAUUCCCAACGCGAUCCGCCGUCACAACCUCCCCAGAUGCAAUCAACACUUCAGGAAGCCAGUGGUCAAAUGGUCGGUCAAAUAUUUCGUACUUUAGCUAAAGAAUUCCAUAUCCUUGUCUGUGGUUCACCUCGUGUCGGUAAAAGCACAUUGAUUAACGCCAUAUGUGGACGAAAAGUAGCUGAAACUAAAGAUGGUCUUGCUUCAUGUACGAAAACUAUGAGAUGUUACACAAUUGAAGGCCAGUGUGAAAUUGAUGCAAACAUCACUCACUAUAAAUAUAACUUUUGGGAUACACCCGGAUUUGAAUCGUGUGACAAGGACGAUAUUCGGUCGGAAGUAAAAAAGAUUGUUAAGACACCGGAAUCAAAGCCUCUCUGUAUGAUAUUUUGUGCAUCGCCCGGCACAUUUGUCGAUCUUGCACAACUGGAAUGGCUUUUGAAUUUGUGCAUCAGUCAAAAGCACAUAUUCUGUGCUCUAGUGUGUACAAACAAAUAUGCUGGCCAAGCAAAGAGUCGUCGUGCUGUGUUGAACGAUAAAGGCCUGUUGUCAAAAUAUGUUAAUGAUCCACCAAGGGAAGAAAACGAUAUCGUUUUUUACGGCAAUGUUGGAUUGUGUACCUCAGUGAACAGUCAGCCCUUUGAAGCUGAUGAUCGCACAUUGCCAGCGUCUGAUACUAGUGAGUAG